CGACGUGCCGCGUGCAGUUUUGAGUUGUGGUGGGAACGGCUAACUAGUAACUUUGUGGUCGCUGCAUCCUUUUCUUCUGCUGCUGCUCUUCUUCGUUUUGGGAGUUAAUUUAAAGAGUUUACUGGAGUUAUUUCUUGUCAAAUCCCCCCGUAUGCAGUGGGUUAAUGUUGUCGCUUGCCCGUGGAAACCGAGGUGAGUGUUGUUUUCAAUGGGUUGAAGAGGCUGAAGCCGCUCGGGCGGAGAUAACGGUCCGUGUAGCCGGUUAGCUCCAUGCUAGCUAACAGCCACAGCUCAGCGUCCAGCUAGCGGAGCCCGUCAGGCGGCCAUGGAGUGCCCGAGUUUCUCCAAGUACUCCUGGCUGGACUUUGUUUUCUCCGUGGUCGGAGUGUGUACAUUCCUGCUGGACUGGGGCUCGGACGUGUGGGUGGCCACCGAGUUUUACUGCCGCGGGGACUUCUUCUGGUUCGGGGUUCUGGUCGGCCUCAUGGUGCUGUCCUCCGUCGUGGUCCAGAUGUUCAGCUGGUUCUGGUUCAAGUACGACCGGGAGCUGGAGGGCUUCAGCGCCCAGAGCCCGGCCGGCCCCGUCCUGUUCGGCGGCCGGGAGCACGUCUCCUGCCUGUUGCAUGUGCUGCAGCUCGGCUUCUUCUGCAGGCACAUUUCUGCUAUAUGGCAAGGCUUCCGGGUCUGGUGGCGAAAAGAACAGGGGUCAGAGUACGCCAUCUACCUGACACAUGACCUCAGCAUGCUGCGGCUCAUUGAGACCUUCUGCGAGAGCGCGCCGCAGCUCACCCUCAUGACCUACAUCAUGCUGCACACCAACAAGGCCAGGACCGUACAAUGUGUGAGUGUGGCUGCAUCGACCACUUCCAUAGCCUGGAUGGUGGUGGACUACCACCGCUCUCUGCGCUCCUUCCUCCCGGACAAGGCCAAGCAGGGCUGGGGUUCCUCCUUGGUCUACUUCCUGUGGAACCUGUUGCUGAUCGCCCCACGUGUGGCCGCCAUCGCCCUCUUCGCCUCGGUUCUGCCCCGGUAUAUCGCCGGCCACUUCUUGAUACUGUGGCCCAUUCUGGUGUUCUGGGCUUGGCGGCAGGAGACGGACUUCAUGGACAGUGCAGGCGGGGAGUGGCUCUACCGGGCUACCGUAGGCCUUAUUUGGUAUUUCAGCUGGUUUAACGUGGCAGAGGGGCGGACCCGAGGCAGGAGCAUCAUCUAUCACUCCUUCAUGAUUACAGAUGGAGGGAUUCUGUUGGCCACUUGGUGGUGCUACAGGGACCCGGUCCUCACGCAACCGUACGCCUCCGCCCUGCUCACUGCUCUGACUCUCUCUUACUUCCUGGGCCUGGCAUUUAAAGCUCUCUACUACUGCUGCUUCCACCCUAAGCUGUGGAGGCCCCCGGUGAGAGACCCAGGAGCGGCUGACGAAGUGCCUGACGGAAAAGUGCUCUUCAAAGACUUAUCCGUCCAGGACAGCACCGUGUCCACGCAGCUCCUCAACAAGAGGAUGGCCCGCCAUGCCACUCGCUUCUACUCUGAGCAGGAAGUCGUUAGAAUUGUCAAAAAGACAAACGGAGAGGAGGCCACCACCGUUGUCUGAUUUGUUUGGGUCAAAGCCAACCAUGCACUACAGUUCAAAUGUUACUUCCCAGCCUGCUGUCCACCUCAAAGCUGUCUUCCCUUUAUGCUGCUUUUUAUAAGAGGCAAAAUACUCUGAAUGAAGCUGUGGUUGUUUUGAUAAGCUUAUUCAAAAAAUAGUACAGGGAUGCAUGUUCUGCAAAACAAAAGGUAUUUUAUUAUUUUUAUACUUAUACUCUACUUUUUUGUAUAUCCAGUAAAAUGUUUCUGUUUUACUGUACUAAUGGCCCUACAGCAUUUUGUCGAUGUUGAGGAAAAACCUUGUAUUUCCAAAAUGUCAGCUUUUCAGGGAUUAAGAAAACUGUGAAAAGCAUGAUGAAAAUGCAUUUCAUACAUUAUUCAGUCAGGGUUUCACAAGCUCAAGAGGCUGGAGAAUUUCUUCAAAACAUGACCAUCCAAAUUGAACUUAAAGGGCUUCUACAUAAAAAAAAAGCAGGGAAAAGGAGGCACCAGUAAAUGUAGGGGAAAAACACAAGGGUUUAUAUAGGAACUGCAUAUUUUAUUUGGUUGCUUAACAGACUGCAUCUCUCUAAUUAAGGCUUAGGGAUAUAACGUGGAUACACAAAAACAAGCAACAAUAUGUUUAACUGAAUGGUUUCUUCAGGUGAGCGGCUUCUUUGCCUUCACUGGUCUGUUCAGUAUCCAUUGUUUUUUUUCCCCCCUUUGAAUUCAUUGGUGGCUUCCUUUUCCUGUUUCCUGCCGCUGAGUGCCAUUGCAAUAUUUUCAGAUGCUGUAAUCUGUCUGUGUCAGUGAGGUUUCUACAGGACAUUAUUGUAAUUUUUAAUGUAGUUAUGUGUUUUUAGACACUGUUACACCUGUAACUGCUGGAAGUUUUAUAUGAAUGAAUGUACAAUAGACCAUCCCUUUUUAUCCGUGUCCUAUUACUGUGCCAUGCCACUAUGUUAGAUCAGUGUGACAGGAUACUCCAAUUUCUUCACAUAAUAACCUCUCUAACAGUGACUGGACCGUGGUGAGGCUUUUUUCCUUGUGUUAAAAAUGAAACAGUAGAAGAAAAAUGUUACUGUUGAUUACUGCCGUAGUUUUUAUGGGUUGUUUAGAUGUUACACAUGCCAAAAUGAAGUAUUUACUUUGGUAUCAGUUGAGAGUUGGUGAUAAAUUCUUACUGCUAAGUGUGUAGAGUAAAAUGGUAUUAGACUGGGUCAAUUAGUAUUAUUCUAGAAAAAAACUGGAAUCUUUUUUGGUGUCUUGGUAUUUGUUCAGGUUUGCAUUCUGUUUUAAAUCAGGGCUUCAUGUUUUUGUGUAAGACCUCUUUUUCCAAAAAAA